AACAUCAACAACAACAACAACAACAACAACAGCAGGACAGUGGACAAUAUUACUAAGAGUGCAAAGGAAUGUUUUUACUUUGAUUCGGACUCAAUAUGUAUUACGUCAAAAAAAGAAGAGGAAAAAGAUGAUGAUUAUGAUUGUGAUGUACUUGUUGCAACUAUGGUUAGAACUCCAAAUGACCAAGAAAUAUUUCCAAAUAAUUUAACAGAAUUGAUAAUAACUGAGAGCAAAGAGGAAAACUACUAUGAAGGAAAAUUUGGAAAAACAUUGAUAGGACUUACUAUCAAUAACAAGACCUCAAAAUGGAAAAAUGACGUUACUAUAAUUUUUGAUCAUCAAACAUAUUCGAACCAAGGGACUUGCCUUUUUGUCCCCCGUACUCCUACUUGUGUGUUCUGGAAUAUUACAACUAGUUCUUGGUCCACAUUGGGAUGUAAGUUUGACUAUGUUUCUUCUACUCUGGACAAAGCAGUUUGUAUUUGUGAUCAUUGUACCAACUUUGGAGCUAUGUUGGACUGGGAAGGGAAUGCUCCUGCCAAUGAUCCAACCUUGAGUAAGUUAUCAAUAUCUCUACUCUCCCUUUCCUGCUUCUUUCUGGUGCUGACUGAGAUCAUCCUUAUGAUGCAAUUACAACGGACUGUUGAAAGAAACCCCUCCAACCUUACCAAGACCUUUAAACGAAUCAGAGCUAUUGAACGGAAUAGAAAUAUUUGUCUUUUUAUCGCCCAGAUGCUAUUGAUCAUACUUCCAGAACUAUACAAAGAUGUUGGUUGCACGGUAUGUGAGGCCUUUGGUGGAGUUCUUCACUUUAUUUGGCUUACAGUAUUUGCUUGGACAGUUAUUGGAGGAAUCUCACUCUACAUUGCCUUGGUAAGAGUGUUUUUCUCUGAAAAAUUUCUCAUGAUGAAGUUCUACUUUGUUGGAUAUGGACUACCUUCCAUUAUAGUGAUUUUAACUGUUGCCCUAGGACAGUUAACCGGCAGCUUGCCUUACCUUAUGAGGAAUUAUGAGAAUCAUGUUAACAGCUGCUUGUUACAUGGCAGUGCUAUCUUUGCUUUAGUAGUUCCUUUAGGAUUUGUGCUGGUUUUUAACUUUGUAGUGAUUAUUAUUGUGCUAAAAACUAUCUAUAAGGUGCUUAGAAUAAGGAUUUCCAAGCCUAGUGGAGGAAUUUUUGAUGCUAAGCCUGAGACUAAGCUACUGUUUUACACUAUGGUUAAAAAUACUUUUCGUCUUUUCUUUUUGCUUGGCCUUCCUUGGUUUUUUGGUUUAUUUGGGUUAGAUUUAUUACCUACUUCUACACUACUACUACCUAUUCCUGCAAAAUAUGCAACAGUCAUACUGAAUUCUUGUCCUGGAUUCUACAUCUUUUUCUUCAGUAUUGUUGAAGACCCUAAGGUCAUGCCAGAGGGAAAGAAGAAAUGUAGAGCUAUGAUUACAAUGUUCUGGAACAGGUUACGAGUUCUAGCAGAGCUUUGUAGAGCUAUGUUUACAAUAUUCUGGAACAAGUUGCGAGUUCUGGCAGAGCUUUGUAAAGAUAUGUUUGCAUUUUUCUUGAACAGGUAUGAACACUACAAGUUAUGGGACUAUUUAUAUUUAACCUCCCUGGAAAAUCUAUUAAGAAGGAUAUUGAGGAGUCCUCAGAAAAUUGAGCAAAGUCAUUAAGUCAAAAAUCCAAGCCACUAAGUCAAGAAUUCGAGCCAUCCAGUAAACAAGAUGAAGUAUAUUUUCUUGAAACAGAGUUUUCUAGUGAAGGAUUAUCUAGUUACUGUUAAAUAAAUGAGUUUUCUUGUCAAGAAAUUGUGUUUUUUCAAUCUUAUUAUUGAGAAUACAGGAACAGAAUGUAAGAUUGAGUCCAAAGAUCUCUUUCAAGUCAAGGUGUUGAAAGAUAUAACAAAUCUUAAUAAUUCUGAAAAAAUGAGGGAAACAAUUUCUAUUUCAAAUUAUUUAUUUAAUCAAAUAAAAGAGGAUAAUUUUGUUAUUUCUCCAUGUAUUAGACAGUACAGACAAGAAUACCCCGAGAGAAAGGAGAACCAAGAACCACUGUUUUACCAAACCUAGCCCCCUGGGAAAUCUAAAAACAAAAUUUGAGAAAUUUUAAAAUUUUAAAAGAGACUGCUCGAAAAGCGUUAUUUCAACAAGGGCGGCCACAGGUGGAGGGAGGGUACCUUUGCCCCCUCCCCCUGAGAUUUUGAGGCAUAAAAUGUUCCCUAAUCGAUAAAAUAAUGUUUGAUAAAUCAUAUAUUAUACCCAUUUAAAAGUUAUUUAAAUUAAUUAAAAAUCAACUCUUGAAUGUAAAUGAUAAAUGUAGAUGUUUGUUAGAAAUGAAACUUUUAAAACUAUUACUAUCUAACUUCAAACUUGCAAAUAAAAAUUUUAAUAUUGUU